AUGUGGUGUUCUGAAGGUAUUCACGCUUUAAAUGUUGUGGCUUGCGCUACCGGUUUUAGUGACGGUCUCGCUUAUGGAGACAAUACAAAAUCCGCAAUUAUUCGUCUUGGUCUCAUGGAAAUCACCAAGGUUUGUUCCAUUAGUCGUUCCUGGCAUGCUGUCCUUCAAAUCUUUCAGUUUCUUCCGCUUCAAUCUCUUUUUUUUUCUCAGUUUGUCGACCACUGCUAUCCUGGCUCAAGCUUAGCAACAUUUUUUGAGUCCUGUGGUAUAGCUGAUUUGGUCACAACUUGCAAUGGUGGCCGUAAUCGUAAAGUUUGUGAGGCAUUUGUGAAAACAGGAAAACUCCUUGAAGAAGUCGAAAAGGAACUUCUUCAUGGACAAAGUGCUCAGGGUUCGUUGACGGCCGAAGAAGUUUACUUUAUGACCGAGAAAAGUGGUUUAGCUGAAAGGUUGGCCAUUUCAGAUCCGCCUCUUUCAAGAACUGACAUUUAUUAUUUAUCAAACUCCACUUACAGUUUUCCUCUGUUCACUGCAGUGCAUCAAAUCUGCAAAGGCGUACUCAAACCGGAGGAGAUGAUAAAAUGCUUACGUUCUCAUCCUGAGCACAUAGAUCCUAGUAUAAUGUAA